CAAUUUCGACUCGGACAGUUUGUGACUGGAAGCGCGCCAGUUCACUUCUUUUUUAUGUAUUAUAAAUGUCUUUAAGGAUUACGUGAUUAGACACAUGACCGCGUACCAGAAAUAAUAAUUAACAGUAACGAUGUUUCUAUUGUCCGAUAGUCCGACUCGGUUUUAUAAAUAAAAUAAUUUAAAAACCUGGAGUUAAAUGUCUGGUUGGUUAUUAUUAUACAUGUGAAAUAGGUGAAUUGAAUUGAAGUACAACCAUUUUGUUGGAUAUGCGGAAGCAUCAAUUUAUACUCGGGUAGAUAAAUAUUUAAUAUGAAUGAAUUGAAUGUAAUUGAGAGCGUACAAAGGUUCAGUAGCGAACGCUAGCAGUUGCUGGUGCUGGUGCUGGUGCUGGUACUAGUGGUGGUGGUGGUGGUGGUGGGAAUAAAGCUCUACCCGCAUCGUCUACGACGGUGUGUAGGUUGUAUUCCGAUUGGGAGGUUGAAAGAGUGUGUGGUGAGUAGACUGGUGUGUACGGACGUGAAUCGUACUCACGUUUGUUUUAUCAUAUAUAUAUAGUGUAUAUAUAUGUAUGUGGAUGUAGGUGUAAAAGAUUCAGUGUAUGUAUUGUAAAAGGCAACAUCGGACAGAAGAGGAUCGGGUCACGUGCUGAUGGAUAGGAGGUGAUAAGAAUUAACGUAUUGGAGCAAUAAUAAGUAUAAGUUUUGAAUAAAGAAGGAGAAUUGAUUAUGGUGAGGGCCGAGUAUUGUGGCAGCAUAAAAAGCUCAUUGAGUGUGUGAGUGAGUGGAGAGUGCGCACGGCGCAAUAUGGAGGAGAGUCAGCUGUUGAUGACCGAACUACCAGCGUUGACGACGGGAGGAACGCGUGGUGGUGCUCUGCUCCACAGGUCUGGUCAUAUUUAUCACCUGUAUCAGCCGCACCUGGCACUGACGACACCUCAGCAUCAGUCACGGCAAAACACCGUGAGUGUCCCGAAUUACAUGAAUGGGGGUGCUACUAAUUUAAGCAAGUACAAGCACGGCGGUGUUGUACGACGUAAAACUGCGGAGGAAAGGAGCGAGGACGCCGCGCCCACAAGCACCCAUGUAUCCUGUCUCUAUCCGGAAAUAUUGGCCCUUAUAUUUAGCUAUUUGAAUGUAAGGGACAAAGGCCGGUCCGCUCAGGUAUGCGUCGCCUGGAGAGAUGCCGCUUACCAUCGUUCGGUUUGGAGAGGGGUUGAGGCCCGUCUGCACCUGAGGAAACCGUCGUCUGCUGUUUUUGCGAGCUUGGUGAGGAGGGGAGUAAAGAGGGUGCAAGUCCUCUCUUUGAAAAAAGGCCUCGGGGACGUUAUUAGAUCCAUACCCAAUCUCGAGUCCCUCAAUCUUUCGGGCUGCUACAAUAUAACUGACCAGGGCCUUAACAACGCCAUCUGCAACAUCGUUACCUCCCUCACCAGGCUAAAUUUGUCUCUCUGUAAACAAGUUAGCGAUCAGUCGCUAAAAAAAAUAUCCGAGUCCAUACCAAAUCUCGAGUCUCUCGAGCUGGGCGGAUGCUGCAACGUUACCAACAACGGGCUCGCGUUCGUUUCCUGGGGACUCAAGAAGCUCAAGAUCCUCGACCUGAGGAGCUGCUGGCACGUCUCCGACCAAGGGAUCGCUUACCUCGCGGGCAUAACCUCCAGCGAAACUCCAAGCGGCAGUCUGACGCUGGAGCACCUGGGGCUGCAAGACUGCCAGAGACUCAGCGACGAGGCGCUCAGGCAUCUCUCCACGGGGAUAGUCACCCUCAAGUCCAUAAACUUGUCCUUCUGCGUCUCCGUGACCGAUUCAGGACUAAAGCACCUCGCCAAGAUGACCAGUCUCCGAGAGCUGAACCUCAGGUCCUGCGACAACAUAUCGGACAUCGGGAUGGCGUACCUCGCAGAAGGCGGCAGCAGAAUAUCCUCCCUCGACGUCUCCUUCUGCGACAAGAUCGGCGACCAAGCGCUGGUCUACAUCUCACAGGGUCUUUUUAAUUUAAAAUCCCUGUCGCUGUCGGCGUGCCAAGUCAGCGACGAGGGAAUUUGUAAAAUAGCCGAGACACUUCUCGAACUGAGCACUCUCAAUGUCGGGCAGUGCACCAGGAUAACCGACAAGGGCAUCUGCACAGUCGCUAAAAAUAUGAAAAACUUGACGUGCAUUGAUCUCUACGGGUGCACCGGAAUAUCAACAAGUGGAUUACAGAAGAUUAUGAAAUUACCACAGAUCACAACCAUUAAUCUGGGAUUAUGGCACGUGCGGUGAUGAGUGCAUUGGAUUUUUUAUAGUGUUUAUAAAAUAAUAACUAUCAUUUUUAACUAUUAAUUGUUUUUCUUUUUUAGCACGAUACAUGUUGUCGUAACAUAAGAGUUAAUUAUUACUAUUAUUAUUAUUACUAUUACUGUAAUAAUUAUUGCUAUUACAUUUAUCAUCAUUAUUAUUAUUAACUAUUGCUAUUAUUAAUUAGUAAUUAUAAAUAAUUGAUAAUCGAAUUUUUUACACUUUUAAAUAAUGAUCCUAAAGUUAACAGACAAUCAGCAAUUUUUUUAUUUUUAUUUUCAACAAGUCGGUUACAAAAAAAAAAAAAAAAAUGCACAUGUAGAAAAUUUAAAGAACUAUCAGUGCAAUUUUUUACGAGUGUGAAUGUAGCAGACAUCAGACAUAUUCAAACUUAUAAAUAAAUAGAGUAAAUAAUUGAUAAAAUAAAAUUUUAAAAAAAUGCACUUAUGAAUUUUUAA